AUGCAAGUUGCCUUUCGUCUAGAUCAGCACAACGCCGAAAAGUUGGCUAAGGAGCUGAGCGCCGACUUAGGACAGCAAGCUAACAUUGCUAUCGCCAACCAAACUUACGUGGACUUAAAUCCGCCCGGCGUCAACAAGAAAACGGGUCUCGAAGAUUUAUGUGCUUUGGUUGGUUGUCAGUUAGACAAAAUGAUCGCCUUUGGCGAUUCGGACAACGAUUUAGAAAUGCUUCAAGCGGUUGGGAGUUCUUUUGCCAUGUCUAACGGAACUGUGCGCGCUAAAGCGAUUGCUAAAACGAUUAUUGGCGACAACGAUUCGAAUGCAAUCGCCGACAAAAUAGUUGAAAUUAUCGGAUAA